GCCUUCCGGACCGCCUUCCGGGCGCGGGGCGCGCUGGCGGUGCUGCAGCACUUCGACCCCCUCUACAGCUUGCUGCACCACUUCCGAGCUGUGGGCACCGCUGCCAAGGAGGAUGCCCUGGAGCUGAUGAUGCGAGUGGUGUCGCAUCAUUCCAGUGAACUUCCAGCCAUCCUGGGUGACUCUGGGCUGAGCCAUGCGGACCGGCUUGCUCACCUUAACGCUCUCAAGAUGAACUGCUACUUGCUGGCCGGGCUGGUGGACGCCUUCGAAACGGAAACCUGCAAGGGUGGUUUGUUGGAGGUAGAUCCUGGUGGGAAGAACAAGAAGAGCCGUACCAAGACCUCUGGAUCCUUGUGGGAAGAGGAGAGGGAGCCGAUUGUACAUCUGCUCACAAAGCUGCUGCAGCUGGACCUCCGGCAGCUUUGGGGUGGCUCCACGGUGGAAGAAGACUUUGUCAGCUUAGUGACAGGAAGCUGCUACCGUAUCAUGGAGAAUCCAAGUAUUGGCCUUCAGAAGUACCAGGCCACACGGGAGGCUGUGACACAUCUGCUUGCUGCAGCUCUGAUUCACUAUGAUCACAUGUUCAGUGCCACUCUGAAGAUCACACAGAUGCUGCAGCACUUUGAACAUGUAGCCCCAGUGUUUGCACAGGCUGUGAGCUUCUGGGCUACAGAAUAUGGUUUGAAAAGCCUGGUGGGUGAAGUCCUGAGGGAAAUUGGACAGAAAUGUCCACAGGAUCUAGCUCAUGAUGCUUCCAGAAUCAAGGGUUAUGCUGUCUUUAUAACUGCACUGGCCGAGCGGAUCCCUGCUCUGGUGCUAUCCAACAUGAGCGUUCUCCUGCAUCACUUGGAUGGGGAGAGUUACGUGAUGCGGAACGCCAUCCUGGUGGCCGUGGCAGAAGUGCUGAUGCAGGUGCUGAAUGGGGAUCAGCUGGAUGAAGCUGCCCGUGGCACUCGAGACCAGUUCCUGGGCAUGCUGCAGGCCCACAUCUGUGACAUCAACAGCUUUGUGCGCAGCCGCGUGCUGCAGCUUUUCGUUCGAAUCGUGCAGUGCAAGGCCCUGCCUUUGACUCAGUUCCAGGCUGUGGUGUCGCUGGCUGUUGGGCGUCUCAAGGACAAGUCUGUGGUAGUGGUUAAAAAUGCAAUCCAGCUCCUGGCUGCAUUCCUGUCCAACAACCCCUUCUCCAGCAAGCUAAGCUGUACUGACUUGUCUGAGCCACUGAAGAAAGAGGUGCAGAAGCUGCAAGAAAUGAGGAAAUGUGGCAGACCCACAGCAGUGAUCACCCCAGAGGAAGAGUGGGAAGCGAUGCUGCCAGAAGUUAGGGCUGCUGUACAGCAGCUCUUUCAACCACUGCAGGAAGAGGAACAAGAGGUGCUGGAAGUUGGGGAAACUGUGGACAGUACAUUGGAGCAAAUCACUGGGCUGCUGAAGAAGCUGAAUUACAGGAGAGCAGCCCGCCUUACGCAGAAGGCCCUGUGUUGCUUCCAGGGGAAGGAGCCCUUCAAUGGCCCCACAGAGGAAAAUGAGGAAACAAUCCUGGCUAUUUUGAAGAGACUUCACACAGGUUCACAGCCAGGUGAGAACAGUGAGGAUCUUCCACAUGGCAACAAUAGUCCUGAGACUGAAGAAAUUGUACCAGAAGAGCAGCAUCAAACAGAGCUGGCCAAACAGGAGAUGUUGGUGCAAUACCUGCAAGAUGCUUACAACUUCUCAGCAAAAAUCACAGAAGCCAUGAGCCUGAUCAGCAAGUUGAUGUAUGAAAACUGUGUCUCAGUGGUGCAGGAAGCCAUUGAGUUCUUCGUGACAGUCUUGCAGUUUGGUGUGCCCCAGGCCCUGCUCGGAGUUCGGCGGAUGCUCCCUCUCAUAUGGUCCAAAGAAGCUGGAAUCAAGGAGGCCGUGCUGAAUGCCUACAGGCGGCUCUACCUGAGCCCCACUGGGGAUACAGAGAGGACCAGGGCCCAGAGUCUGGUGCAUUCUCUCUCCCUCAUCAUGGUGGAUGCAUCACUAGGAAUAAUACAGUGCUUAGAAGAAAUAAUCUCAGAGUUUGUGCAGAAGGAUGAGAUAAAGCCUGCUGUGGUCCAGCUGCUUUGGGAGCGAUUCACAGAGAAGGCUCAGUGCUCCUCACUGGAACGACGUGCUGCCGUGAUGCUGCUAGGGAUGAUGGCACGUGGGAAGCCAGAGAUCAUAGGUAGCAACCUGGACACCUUGGUGACAGUAGGGCUGUCUGAGAAGGUGUGUGAAGACUAUCGCCUGGCUCAAGAAGUAUGCAAUGCCAUCUCCAAACUAGCCAGUAACCCUCAGCCAGCACUGGGGAAGAACAAUGCACCUUUUCGACUGCCACAAAACCACAUGCUCUUCAGCUGCCUGAGUGAGAUUCUGACUAAAGGCUUUGCCCAGCCAAACAGUCACUGGAUCCCCUUCAUGGAGUCAGCAGUGAUGCUCAUCUACAAGCUAGCAGAAGGGGCAGAGGAGAUAUGUGCUCGUGUUCUGCAGGAGUGCAGUCAGCAGGCUCUGGAGAAGCUGCAGGAGGCUGAUGGGCACAAAGACGAUCCAGGGGUUUCUCCCAGCAGAGUCUCUGAUGGUGAGCUGAUGCAUCUGGUGUCCCUUGUGGGACAGGUGGCAAUGCAGCAGGUCGUAUACUUGGAAGUAUCGGUGAGCACAGAGCUUCGCAGACGCCGCGUCCUCAGAGAGGAGAAGGAGAACAAGAAGCAUUCUGCCAGCAGCACGAAAAAGAAGCAGAGACCCAGGAGCACAGGAAAUGAGACCACUAUGGAGGAGGAGCUGGGCCUGGUGGGAGCCUCAGCUGAUGACACGGAGGCUGAGCUCAUCCGCAGUAUCUGUGAGAUGGAGCUGCUGGAUGAGAAGUACCUGUUCUCUGCCUUUGUUCCACUGGUGCUCAGGAUCUGCAACAACCCUGGGCUCUACAGUGACUCGGCGCUCUCGGCUGCUGCAGCCCUAGCCCUUGGCAAACUCUGCAUGAUCAGCUCCGAGUUCUGUGACUCCCACUUGCGCCUGCUGUUCACUAUGAUGGAGAAGUCCACUCUGCCUGGUGUGAGAUCCAACCUCAUUAUUGCAGCAGGAGAUCUGGCCAUCCGUUUCCCUAAUCUGGUGGAGCCUUGGACAUCACACCUCUAUGCCAGGUUGCGGGACCCCUGCCCAAGUGUGAGGCAGACAGCAGGACUGGUGAUGACUCACCUCAUCCUCAAAGACAUGGUGAAGGUGAAGGGCCAAGUGAGUGAGAUGGCAACUCUGCUUAUAGACCCAGAGGAUGCAAUCAUGGGAGUGGCUCAGAACUUCUUCAGUGAACUCUCCAACAAGGGCAAUGCCAUCUACAACCUGCUCCCAGACAUCAUCAGCCGUCUCUCGGAUCCCAACUGCGGCGUAGAGCAGGAAUCCUUCCACACGAUUAUGAGGCAUCUCUUCUCAUACAUUACAAAAGACAAACAGACAGAGAGCUUGGUGGAGAAACUCUGUCAGCGAUUCCGGACUGCCAGAACUGAGCGUCAGUAUUUGGACCUGUCCUACUGCCUUACUCUGCUUCCCCUCUCAGAGCGGGGCCUUCACAAGCUGCAGGACAACUUUGACUGCUUUUCAGACAAGCUUCAAAACCCAGAAGUCUACAGUUGUUUCCAAACUGUGCUGGUUCGAUUCCGCAGAGGAGGCUGCAAACCUGAGGCUAAAGCUCUGGCUGAAGAGCUGGAGCAGAAGCUGUUGGCCUCCCGUAACCGAGGGCUGGAUUCAGGAGAGACAUGCCAGGAGGGUGGUGGAACUCCAGUGCCAGAGCCAGCCAAACAGAAACCAACAGGAACAGGUUCACCUCGCCAGCCCCUGAGCACAGCCAACAGGGAUGAAGAUUUUGUCACGCCCCAGCCUCGCACCCUCCGAGGUCAUAAGCGCACCCAGAAGAGGCGCCACCCAAAAAAGCUGUCAUCACCUUCUCCAGUGAUGAGGAGAAUAGCUCUGAGGAUG